GUUCAGGGCGCGUUUCCUUGAUUUUCUGGGCCUCGGGACACGAUACGAGAGGGCACUCCGACCAUUUAAGGCGGCACAUGCGCUCAGCAAUGCGGGUAUCAGCAUCGCCCACCACAGGUAUUGAUUAUUUUCUUACAUUUAAGUUUCUCUUUCGUGUUCCCCUCCUUGAUACAAGAGCCUCAGCCAGCCCUCACCUUUCCGUUCGACAAACUGCGUCGCACAACAACCAUCGCCAUGGAAUGUGAAGACCAUCUAGACAUGGUUUAUACCCCUCCCCCAUCGUCGCGCUCCGAGAGCAACAUGCGCGGAAAGGCAAAACAAGCUCCUCAAGACACAAUGAAGCAGUUUUGGGAUGACUUCAAUUCCAAAUUUCCUGGAUUGGUGAAUACGGUCUUGCCGGACAAUCCGUAUGCGCGCAUGAAGGCUGCAAGGACCCCAAAAGGGGUGAUACAGGGACACCACGUGGGGAAAUCAUAUGAACAGGCCCAGAAGGAGUGUCAACGUGCGGUUGAGCGCAUUGCAAGAGAAUGCGAACGGCUGAAUCAGAAGUACUGCGAUCCGCAUUUCGAUAUUGAGGUUGACCUCAAAUGCGGGCGAAGGAGCUACCUCGAUGGCCUCUUUGCGAAGAACCAGGAGAUGUGUCCGAGGGGUGUCAAGCGAGUGACGGAGAUCUUCGAAAAGCCGCAAUUCUACGUUAACGGACCGACUGCUUCGGAUGUGCGCCAGGGUCGGGACGGCGACUGUUGGUUUAUGGCUGCGCUUUGUACCAUGGGUAAUAAAGAAGGGCUGAUCGAGAAGAUCUGCGUGGCUCGCAAUGAACUGGUCGGAGUCUAUGGGUUUGUGUUCUAUCGAGACGGUGAAUGGCAACAAUGCAUUGUGGACGACAAGCUGUAUUUGCGGGCCGCCGAUUAUGACGAGUCCGUGGAUGAGCGCCCGAUUUGGGAUGAUAUCAACCGAAUUGACACGGAAGAAGAGUAUCGCAAAGCAUGGCAGACUGGGUCUCGCGCUCUCUACUUUGCACAAUGCGUGGAUGAGAACGAAACCUGGCUACCAUUACUCGAAAAGGCUUACGCUAAGGCACAUGGUGAUUAUUCUGCCAUCGAAGGGGGCUUCGUUGGCGAGGCCCUCGAGGAUCUCACUGGUGGUGUUACGUCUGACAUACUCACGAGUAACAUCCUGGAUAAGGAUAGAUUUUGGAAAGAAGAGCUCAUGCAAGUUAACAAAGAAUUCCUCUUUGGCUGCGGUACAGGACUAUUCUCCAACUGGCUCGACCCUGAUUACCGAGGCCCGCCACGAGAUAGAGAGGGAAUAUCCGAGAACCACUCAUAUUCCAUCAUGGACGCCAGGGAAGUUGAUGGACAACGCCUUCUCCGGCUGAGGAACCCCUGGGGAAAGAAGGAAUGGACCGGGGCAUGGAGCGAUGGAUCCGAGCAGUGGACCCCAGAGUGGAUGGCAAAGCUAGGUCAUAAGUUUGGCAAUGACGGGUUCUUUUGGAUUUCCUACGAAGACCUUCUCAAGAAAUAUCAGCAUUUCGAUCGAAUUCGCCUGUUCAACGAAGAAUGGACCGUCACUCAGCAGUGGACUACACUAAAUGUUCCAUGGUCCGCGGACUAUCACAGUACUAAAUUUGUUUUGGAUGUGACGAAAGCUGGACCUGUCGUUAUUGUUCUCUCUCAGUUGGACGACCGUUAUUACAAAGGCCUGGCUGGCGAAUAUGAAUUUGUUCUCAAAUUCCGACUUCAGAAAGAGGGCGAAGACGACUACUUUGUCCGCAGCCAUAGCAGCGAGCUUAUGUGUCGCAAUGUGAACGUCGAAGUUGAGCUUGAAGCAGGGCGUUAUCACAUCCUCAUGAAAGUGACGGCAUAUCGAAACGGCAAUAAGCUUCCUACAGAAGAGGCCGUUCGUCGUCUCGCCCCUCUUAGACGUGAAAAAUUGCUCCAAAUCGGUCUUUCUUACGACCUGGCUCAUGCAAAGGGCAUAGUCCAGGAGACAGAAAAGGAGAAACGGGCACGGGAGGAACGCGAGGAACGUCGCAAGGCAGCCGAGCGAAGGAAAUUACGAGAUGAAAUCAAGAAGAGCCUACAAAAAGAAUGGAUCCGAGAGCGAAAGCUGGAGGCUCGCAGACACAGAAUCGAAGCACGGCUUGCCGCUAAACCUCAUAUCAGAAUGGAUGUCAGGAAGGUUGAACCUGAGCGGGUCAUCCCAGACGGCCCCGUGCAAUUGCCCUCGGAUAUGCACAAUGGCUCUAGCGAUGGCUUGGACUUGGAAUCUUUAGAAAAAGGAUCAACUACUCAGAUGUCGUUCCAUGCUUCUCGUGAUUCGGGAAGCCAUCACCUCCGGACUUCUCUUCCCAUUCGGGACCACCACUCGUCGAAACACUCGUCUCACCAUGACACCGAGUAUUUAGAAGGGUUUGAAUUUGACUCGGAUGUCGACAUGCCUCCGGAUGAUCAUAUAGAUAUCAGGACGCCUGCCAGACCAUCCUGCAGCAGCGAUACAGAUGCAAAUAGCGAUCCAUGGAACGCCGUUUGUGUGGUGGGCUUGCGUGUCUACUCGAAGGAUUCCCAGUUGUCUCUGGAGGUUCUCCGCCCCGUUCAUGAAGACGAUGUGGAGGCAUCACUCGAUAUGGAUGACCCGGCCGCAAGUGCAACACUGGAAAUGUGUGCGAUAUGAAUAGUUUGGUUGGCUGAAGCUGAUGAUUUGUUAAAUUUCGGGAAAUGCGCCACACCUAUAAUGUCUCUGCUUGUCAUGAAUCUCCUACGUAUCGAUGUCGACUACAAUGCUUUCUUUUGCCACAGCCAACUUUUCAAUGAUGGAAAUCUCUCCUUUGGACGUGUUGGUUUCGGGUACGGACAGCACGCCUGUCCCGGGAGAUUCUUUGCCUCGCAUCAGGUGAAGAUUCUGAUGUGUCAUAUUCUUAUGAAGUAUGAUUUCAGGCUCUCGGAGGGUGAACCCCUAUUCGAGGGGGUUUAAUUAUAAUGCGGAUCCGUCGGCAAGAGUUUUGAUUAAGCGGAGGAAGGAGGAGAUCUUAAUUGAUUGAUUCAGAGGGGUGUCACAGCCACACUUCUGUUAUCACAAUUAUGUUAUUUUAAUAUUACUGCCUGC